ACAACUGUCAAACGUCACACUUGUCAUCAUGGAAAAAAUGGAUGAUCCGCGUGACGUUAAAACGGGAGUUGAUGAAAGUUGCACUUUUAUAUUUAAAAAGCGGAAUAUAAAAAAUAAAGGGGCACGAAAACGUCAGAAAUCCAGUUCGGAAGAAGAAAAAUCCAACAGUGAAGACGAAUCGACCGUAAAACGUGCAAAUCGGCGUCGAAAAAAGGCAAACCCCAACUUCCAAACCACUAGCAAAGCUAAACAAAAGGAAAAUGAACAACAAAAUUAUUCAAGCAGUGAGGAUGAAAUUAUGGUCAGUUACAAAUCCAAACGAUCCGCUAUGUCCGAAGGACCAACUGAUCAAGGGGCCACGGCAAUUCUUGAAAUUGAAACUGAGCGCGAUAGAGACGCUCAGGCCAUUUUCGAAAAACGGCUUGAAAUUAACAAAAAUCUUGAGGGCAAAGAGGACGAUAAAGUCUACAGAGGCAUCAACAACUACGCGCAGUACUACAAACCCAAAGACACUGCAGCAGGAAAUGCCAGCUCGGGAAUGGUCAGAAAAGGCCCAAUCAGAGCCCCCGCAAACUUGCGUGCCACUGUGAGAUGGGAUUACCAACCCGACAUUUGCAAGGACUACAAAGAAACAGGUUUUUGCGGUUUUGGGGACAGUUGUAAAUUUCUGCACGACAGAAGUGACUACAAACACGGCUGGCAACUCGAAAGAGAAUGGGCGGAAGGCAAAUAUGGGCAAGAAAGCGACGAAGAUAAACAAUACGAAAUUGACUCAGACGAAGAGGAUUUGCCGUUUAAAUGUGUCGUUUGCAGGAAUAGUUUCACCGAUCCCAUUGUCACAAAGUGCAAGCACUACUUUUGUGAGAAGUGUGCCCUAGAGAGGUACAAAAAGACGACAAGGUGUUUCGUCUGCAACACCCAAACCAGUGGCGUCUUUAAUCCCGCCCGCAAACUCAUAGCACGACUCAACCGUGAGGAUAAUCCCAAGAAAAAAGAUGAUUCAAGUUCAGAUUCUGAUUAACUUAUUUUUGUAAAUUAUAUAAUCACAUUUAAUAAAAAUAUAAAAAGUU